UAAAUAAAUCCUUUUUUUUCGACACGACAUUAGUUUUGAUUCAUAAAUCAAAAUAGUUUAUAGCUAAAGUGCGUGUUGUUGUGUGCGAGCAUAAAUUAUUUUUACAUUUUUUUAAGCAGUGUAAAAAGAUAUUUUUGAAUUUUGUGCAUAAUGGCUGGACCAUUUAUAUCCCCUUUGCCGGGCGAUCUACUUACCGAGUAUAUGUUUGGACGCAGACGACAGCGACGCAAUCGCACCACGUUUACACCACAGCAGCUGCAGGAGCUGGAGGCACUCUUCCAGAAGACUCACUAUCCGGAUGUCUUCCUACGCGAAGAAGUCGCACUGCGCAUUAGUCUCAGCGAGGCGCGCGUCCAGGUUUGGUUUCAGAAUCGUCGUGCCAAGUGGCGCAAGCAGGCGCGUCUGCAGCUGCUGCAGGAUGCUUGGCGUAUGCGUUGCUUGAGUCUGGGCACACCACCGGCUAUAGCUGGCAAUCGGCCUCCUAGUGGCAGUGGCGCCAAUCAGCUGCCGGAGAAUCUAUCCGCAGGCAGUGCUCCAGUUGGCAAGGAAACGCUGUUGAAUGAAGUAGGCGUUAACAAUGAUGUUUCAUUGGGAAAUGGACAAGGUGCAGCUAAUUUUACCAUGAUGCAUCCGGCUUUCCAGCAGUCAGCACAUACGCAGCAUGAUAAGCUAUCAAAAACCUAUACAGAACUGAAGCUCUAUAAGGAGCCGACGGCUCAUAAUGUUUCAGAGCUUGAUAUGGGCGGCAUGUCGACACUGUCGCCCAACUCUGAUGAGGGCUCUGACGGCUCUGAUUCGGAGGAGAUUGAUUUGACAUCGGGUGCCUGCAUAGAUUUCUCGCAAAGCAGCAAAUUGCAACAGCAGCAGCUACAGCAACAACAACAACAACAGCAACAGCAGCAGCAGGCGGCAGAGACUCCAGCAGCAAAUGGUGUGCAUUAGUGUAUAUAUAAUAUAUUAUCAAAAAAAAAAAAGCGCAAUUAA